AUGCCGCUCGGGAUCCAGCGCCUCAAUGCGAAACGGUCACAGCCCAACGACCGCAUCGUCUUCAUCAAGCCGCUGAAAGGCCCCGACGAGGCCGUUGCGCAGGACUUUCUCGAGCGAAUUGCUGCUCAGUGUUUGCCCGUCAUGAAGGAAAACCACCUGUCAGUCAUGUCGCUCGAGGAGUACGAGCCUAACCCCGAGUUUGUGGGGCGCAACUUCAACGCCGGCGAGGUCGUCCAGCUCGUCCUCAAAGCCCGCUCCGGCCACUGGCUGCCGUUCAACUAUGUGCAAAUGGUCAUGAUGCACGAACUGGCCCACUGCAAGCAGAUGAAUCAUUCGCGGGCGUUUUGGGCAGUCCGCAACCAGUACGCCGACCAGAUGCGAGGGCUGUGGUCGCACAGCUACACGGGUGAAGGUCUCUGGGGCCGGGGAGCGCAUCUAUCCACAGGCGAGUGGGAGAAGAACGGCGUGCAGCCGGGAGAGCUUUUGCCAGAACACCUCUGCGGCGGCACAUACCGGUCGCGUGGCAGGAAGAGAAAAGCGAAAAAGGUGCUCAGCUAUCAAGAGCAAAAGGAGCGCCGCAUACUCAAGAAGUUUGGGGCCAACGGCGUGGCCCUUGGCGACGACGCCGGGACCAAGAAGAAGCUAGAGAAGGGUCGCACAGUCGCGGCCAAGCCCAGGGUCGCGGGGAGCGCCCGCGGUCGUGAGCUGCGAGCUGCCGCCGCCCUGGCCCGGUUCGACCAGCAGAAGAAGGAGCCAGCAGAGGGCGGCUCAUUGAUAAAGAACGGCGAUGAGUCAGAGAGCAGCGGCGAUGACUACGAGGACGAAGAGCUGAACGCCGGGGAGCUCGAAGCUGUUGACCGGAACGGGAAGAGGCUGCUGGACACAAAGGGGAGAGGCAUGAUCAAAGUGUGCGAAGACGAGAAUCCCGAGGAUCAGGAUUCAAAGCAGGAACUGCUCGAGUUGCUGGGCAUAAGCGCGAACAGGCCACGCUCGAAUCCAGAUCAGGCCGACUAUGGAGGGCCAGCUAUGCCAAAAGAGCCAGAGACCAAGCGGAGCAGCAAACAACCACCUGCCCGAAAGACACCCCCAGCCACGCGGCAGACCGCCAAGUCAGAGCCGGCAAGGCCAACGCAGCCCGAGCCGAAAGAUGCGCCGCCGCUUAUCAAGUCGGAAGACACGGGCGCCAAUACGUGCUCGGUGUGCUCGUUUGCCAGCGACCACAUGUCUGGCACCUGCGCCAUGUGUGCCAAUGUCCUACACCCAGAGAGGAUGCCGGGCUCCUGGGCGUGCAGCAGCGAGGCGUGCAAGGGCGCCAGCUACCGAAAUGCCAGAGACUGUGGCGUUUGCGGCGUGUGUGGAGAGCGUCGAAGAGAGGCUUGA